AUGUCCUUGGCGGUCACUCAGCCCUCCGUCGAACCAAUGCAGUCCUCUGUGUCGCCCGGCGUUCAGAGGAGACACACGCUUCCCGCCAGUGAAGUACGACCUCUCAACACGCAAGAUGCCAUCAGUGUGUUUGAGAUCGAGCGAGAAGCGUUCAUCUCCGUGUCAGGCGAAUGUCCACUCCACCUGGACGAGGUGCGUCACUUCCUCACUUUAUGUCCAGAAUUUUCCAUGGGCUGGUUCGAAGAGGGCCGGUUGGUGGCCUUCAUCAUCGCGUCACUGUGGGAUCGGGACCGUCUCACCACUGAGGCUCUAACCCUCCACAAGCCACGAGGCGCCACUGCUCACAUCCACGUUCUGGCUGUCCAUCGCACCUUCAGGCAGCAGGGCAAAGGUCCCAUCCUGAUGUGGCGCUACCUGCAGUACCUACGCUGCCUGCCCAAUGUGCGGCGGGCCGCUCUCAUGUGUGAGGACUUCCUGGUCCCCUUUUACCGCAAGAUGGGCUUCAAGGCACUGGGCCGCUGCGCCAUCACGGUGGGCACCUUGACCUUCACGGAGAUGUGGUACCCCAUCAGCGGCCACGCCUACAUGAGGCGGAACAGCGAGGCCAUCCGCUUCCCUAAUACUCCCUUGACUCUGCCAGUUGCUCACACCGACCAACACAUGGACGUAUGA